CAGAUAGAUAAAAUUAUAUGUACAUUUGGUCGUCUAGCCUAGAAAAACAGCGAUAAAAAAUUAAAUUACUCCCCGUCGGGGAAUCGAACCCCGGUCUCCCGCGCGGCAGCCGACAAUUCUUUAGCUAAACGGCCCUAAACCGUUUCCCAUUCAUUCUCUAUGGUAGUGCUGAAACAUUACGGAUGUAAUAUAUUUUCCACCACUAGUAUGCGCCUGUUCGCUCCGCCGUUUGUGCGCAUGCUCAUGCUUCCCUCCCUCAGUUUGAAACUGCCCGGUCGCUGGAGAGACAGACUGCGCACAACUUUCCUUGGACUGAGUUAAACGGUAAGUUUUAUGACAAACCGAGUGAUGACACAAACUAUGAAUGAAUGAAGGUCUAUGUAUAUUUCUACCCGCUUUAUUGUGAGGCUUGUGUUUUUGUCGAAGCUAAAUGAGUAUGUUUAGUACGAUGUUGAAGACAAAAGGAGUCAAUAACUGUAAACAAACGUGACUGUUGGACACACAUGAGCCGGUUUACGUUUAUAACAGUUCAUUUACAUCCUCGAAUUACGAUGGAAGAACGUCAUGUCCGUUCAUCCUGUUAACACUGAACAUCGCGUUGGCUUUAUCCUCAAUGUUAUGAUGAUAUAAUUACAAAUCCAACCGUCCGUUUUCUACCGCUUGAUAGGCUCCAGCGCCUUGAAUACGUUCAAGACAAAAUGACUGUUCAAUAAAACGGUUGUAUUUUUUAAGCAUGUUGUGUAUUAAGACAUAUUACCAGUAUGUGUGCUUUAUGUGACUCUAAAGUGUGCAGAUAACUGUAGGGACGUGACUGUACUGGAAGUUGACUGAAACUGGUCAGACCGGUUUCUGUGUCUGUAGUGGAAUUUUACUGAAACUGGUCAGACCGGGUUCUGUGACAGCCUCUUCUGAACCUCUUCACACAUCAGUGUCACGUGAUGGCCCCUAUUGUUCAGAGAGUUUCAGCCACAGGGGUCCACUGAUUGGUGACAGAACUGACAGCAGAAACAUGCAGACAGGCAGGAACUUAGAGCAGCAGUGGAUAGAGUCUUCCUCUACACAUCAACAUCUGUUAUAGAAAGCAUCUUUGUCUGUAGCACGCAUACCGGGCUGGAAGUCAUUUCUUACAAACACUCAAAUUACUGUAAUUAUGUAGUUUUUUUGGGAUACUCGUGCUUUUAUGAGUAGAUUUCCAAGUCUGUACUCUUACUUGUACUUAAGUAUUCAUUAUGCCAUGUGGGGAAAAAGACUUGUUUUGUAUCUUAUCAGUUAUUAAUGAUUAAUUGAUAGUGUUUGAACUAUUGUCAAAGCAAAAUACCGCAAAUGUAAAGCCCUAGUCUGGAGAGGUGACGGUGACAUCACCGCUUAAAAGGAACUAAUACUCUGAGGAGUUUUUUUUAAGAAUACUCUGUAUUUUUGCUUCACUAUUUUCAAACACCAGUCCUUUUACUUGUGAAUGAGCCAUAUUUUAGCAAUGUAACAGUACUGAUUUUCACUCCUCUUAUCCACCACUGCAUAGAUUGACUCUUUUAUUUCCUUUAUGACAGCUAAAAUGCGCAAAGUAAUAUUUUACCCUGGGAGAGUGACCGUAACCUUCCGUAAGGGGCCCCUGGGAUAUCUUCGUCAGGACCCCACGGAUGCAGCCAAACUAUUAAAGAACAACCCGUCCCUACAGGACAGUUCGGCACCUUUGAAAGAGGAGCUGGUCAGGCAAAAUGCUGUCAGUGUGGUCCGUCAGAGAGGAGGGGACCCUACGGACAAGACAGAGGUGUGUGGAGAAUACAUCCUGCAGUUUGGGAAGUACAAGGGGAAAUCCUUCCGUUGGCUCCUUGAGAAUGAUGUCGGGUACACCAUCUACCUCAUAAAGACUCAGCAAAAAGAGGAGGCUGCAGGAGUAUUCACAGCAGAGGGUCAUAGCAAGGACAGCCUGCUCUCGUUCAUCACUUAUGCCCUUAGCUUUGAAGAGGUUCGGUCUCUUCUCAGCUUUGAGUCCAAAAGGCCAGUGGUGACAUCAUCAGCAUCAUCAUCGGAGGAUGACCAGCUGGUUGGUUUUGGCUCUCGUGCCAACAACACCUGGCGGGAGAUUUGGGAGAGCAGAGAUGACGGCUAUGCAGCCUUCAUCCUGAAGCAGCGCUGUGCUCAGGGGACAAAGAUGCACAAGCUCCAGCUGUACCUGCAACAGAAGCUUCACAGUGCCUCUCAGACACAUACACCGCCUGCACCGGCUCAAGCCAUGGCGAUGGAAGAGGAUGAAGAGCUGGAAACAGCAAUGCUCAGCAUCUCUCCUUCAAAGGAACAUGUGCAGAGCUCUGCUGCUCCAACAUCCUCAUCGGCAGCAGUGAUCAGAUGCAGCCAGGCUUCGAGAACAGAAAGAGGUUACUAACUGACUGAUGACUCUGGAACCAUGAAUUGUUCUCCUACAUGAAGCAUGACCGAGACCGUUCUGUCUGUUCUGUUCCAUUGACCAUGUUCUGGUCAUGUUUGUGUUCUCCUUUUCUGUAUAAAGUCCUAGUGACUAUGAAUUGAUUCCAGUCAUGAUGAGGGUAAGUACCAAUCUUUAUUUUCUCAUGAGAGUGAACGGAAAAAGUGCGUAUGGCUUGGCUACUAACACUCGAAUGCUUGUGUUUGCAGUGUGGCCUGCUUUUACUAAUGUCGCUUUUCAUACUUUGCCAGUUUUCAAAUGACUGAUGAGACUUUUUCUGUUGCAGAACCAUCAGCUGCACAGUCCAGGGUAACUGAGCUGAAGGAUGCAGAAUCAGUCACUCUUGCUUUGCCUGUGAAAAGACCUGUACCUCUGCCUCAGCAGCUGAUGUUCCUCCUGCCAGAAACUGCAGAUCCUGCACCAACAGACACCACUGUCACAGCUACAGCGUCAGAGGAACUUUCACAUUCUGCUGAGACGUCUGCAGUUCCCAGCCAACCUUCACUUCAGCAGCCGGCGGCACAGAGAGCUCAAAGCCAGCCUUCGACCCAGCCAUCACCUGUCUCCAGCUGUCCUCCACCACAACCUCCUGCCUACGACCACGAUGUCAGCCAGUGGUCCUGUUCACAGCAGCAGAGGAUCUGGAUGAAGACAGAGCUGGAAGCAAUGGGUCUCUGGCCGGGCUCCAUCCCUGUGCGCAACCUAAUGAAGAUGGUGUCACUGUGGCGUUUCCCCCCUCAGCCAGAAUUAAUUGACAGUGUUGCAGACUUUCCAUCUCCCAAAUACUUCCAGCUCCAUCCUUUUUUCAUAUGGAAGCCUGAAAAUGACAAUUUAAUGGGCAGGCUGAGGAACAACGAAGCCCUCCCAUGUAUUGGAGGUUGCGCUCAUCCUCAAGUUACUUCUGCGGGUGUCGGAAGACCUCGCGUGAUUGUUGGCCUCACUGGACAAUAUUACCUGCUGUCAUCCAGGCUGUGCUGCAAAGUGUGCCGGAGGAGGUGGUACGCUGACAACCCUCACUGGCUGGAAAAACUUCCGCAGAGGUUCACCAACCUGUUGCCAGCAAAACUUACUUACAAGAAGGCAAUCUGUAAGUCAGUAUUGGAUGAACUCAGGCGAACAGGAAACUCACCCACUGACAUGGCAAAGCAGAUCAUGGAAGUGAUGCACUUGAAAUAUGAACGUGCACACUUGGCCUACCUCCUCAGCUGCCAAAACAUAAUGGAUGCUGAGGCAGGAAGAUCUGGACAAAGAACCAUCACCCAGUUCAUACGACAGGAAACCCAGCCAGAGUCUUUUGGGGCAUAUGAGGAUUCAGACGGCUGGAAUGGAAUCUCUGUGUCUUCACACUACCUGACGGACUGCCUCCUGCAUGAAUACCAACACCAGGAGGGUGCCAUCAAGAAACUCCUGCAGGGCACCUUUGGACAGGCUUUUCGCUCAGACCACACCCGCAAAAUUGCCAGAAAGGUCACCUUUUCAUCGGGCGCCAUGUCAUCAUAUGCUGUGAUGAAUGAAAACUGGAUGAUCCUUUCAUGGGUCAUGGUGCAGUCGGAGACAGAGAAGUCACUGACGUCACUGUAUGAGGGUCUGGCAAACCGCUACAGUGCCGCAGACAUAGAGAAGGCACAGUACCAGUGGGUGGACAGGGAUUGCUGUGCAGCGUUUAAAGUGUCAGAGUGUCACCCCGGAGAGCAUCUCAACUGGGAAGCGUGGCGAACAACUGACACCAUUGUUGCUGAGGCCACGACUGGCAACUUAAUGAACACAUGUGCAUCAAGAACACACUUCAAUACAAACAUAACAAUAAAACUGGACUUGUUUCAUUGCAUGAGGAGAUUUCUCCGUGAGUGCGUUUCAGAGCAUCAUCCUCUCUUCGCCUCCUUUGCACAGUUCCUGUCUGUCGCCUUCUCUAUCGUGGACCAGGAGGACUUGCAGAAGCUGAAAGAUGCCUAUGCUUUCUGUGGCAUUCAGCCUGCCAACCCCACAAAGCAGCACAUUCGGGAGCACUGCAGGACCAAGAUCCCACAGCCUCAGGAGCUUGUAAAGAGGGUUGAGGGAGUGUUCCAGCACUUCUACCUGGCCAAAGAUCCGAAUGAUGUGCCUCUCUUCAAGCCCUCGAUGCUGAAAGCCUGGCGGAUCCAGCGAACUCAUAUGCUGCGAGGUUGCCUGAGCGAUCCUGAGGUGGAAGGAGGGAUCUUGUACAGGCAUGGGGGGACCUUGCAGCUCAACCAUGUGCAGGGCGAAGGGGCUAAACUUCCUGUGUGGAUCCCCAUCAGAGGCACAUCACAGCAGGAAGGUUACCAUUUUCAUCAGGCUCAGUGGGUCACUGGAACACGCGUGUCCCCGGAGCUCUUUCAAGCACAGGGGAUGACAGGCGUGGCAAGGUGGAACUACCAGCGUCUAGUGGACUUGAAACAACCUGGUGUUCGUCUUCCAGCUGUCUUUGAUCCAGCUUUGAUAACAGCACUAAACGUUGCAUCUGAAAAGGUGCUGGGGCGUGAGAAGUAUCCUGCUUUUCACCUGUCUGGCAGAGACACUGGAGAGAAGUUUGGCCUGGAAUAUACUGAGCCUGGCUGCCGCCCAGUUCCUCUGGACUGGGAAAAGCACAGGACCAAGACAGACUCUACCUCUGCCCCGAGUGGUCCUCCUCAAAGCGCUGUGCCGACUGUCCAGCCUGAGCCUCCUCAGUCAGCAUCCACGGCCCCACCCAAGCUGUUGCAGUUUCCUGCUCGUCCAUCUGGUGACAUGACUGAUCCAUUUAUGACUUCAAGUACCACUCCCAAACUACAGACAGAACCAGGAUCCACAUUUCCACCACCUCUGCCCCUGCUGUCCUCGCCAUCUGCAACCCGCACUGGACCUAUAAAGACUGGUGGGAGGGUGUUUGUGCUCGACCACAAGCGCUGGCCAGCUCCCAUGAAAAAGACCAUAGACGAGCUCCUCAGUAAACACCGCGGGCAAAAGGACAUGCUGAAGCUGGUGGACCAGGAGUAUGCUGCUCUAGUUCACAACAGCUGUAAGGACCUGAACAGCAUGCUCCAUCCCACCACUAAGCUGCACAUAACACAAUAUAUGAAACACCUGAGUAAGCUGCUGAACACCAGAUCCUCUUUGAACACCAGCCCAGAGAAGGUGGAAGAAAGGCAGCAGCUUUGGCACUCUCUGACAGAGGGCAGUGAGACAACCAGCGUGCCAGUUGUUGCCAUGCCGGCUGCUGUUUUUAACCCCCCUCCACCUGUUCAGACACCUCUAACGCAGGACUCAAUAGAGGAAAUCGUGAAAGGUAUCAUGACCAAGCAGCAGCAGCAGCAGCAACCACCACAGCAACAGCCGGGGAAAAAAACCCAGACGAAGAAGUGCCUGUCCUGUGGCCAGCCUAAGUCCAGGUAUGAAAAUGACGGUUCUUCCGUCCAUUUCUUCUACCAACAGGGCCCGGUCAGGUACUUCUACUGUUCCACUAAGGUCUUUAAAACAUAUGGUGCUGAAGGUCUGACAGAUGAAAAAAUGGACUUCAAAGACUUUGCACGGACAGCAUUCUUUCAGCGUGAACUGGAGGCAACAAAGCAAAGGGUGGAGGACAGAGUACAGCAAAAAAGAAAAAGGACUGACUCCCAGCCGACAGGGACACGCAAAUGCCGGUUCUGCAGACUGGAGCUAAAGCAGGGCCCAGACAGUCCACACAUCCACGCUGGCUUUCCUGGAGUAGCAGGGAAGUACAUCUACUGCCCAGCAAAAAUCUUUUCUGUCUACAAAGAUAAGGGUAUGGACAAGGAGAUGACCUGGAGAGAGUUCCAGGAGUCUCCUUUCUUUGAAGUGGAAAAGCAGAGGUGGGAGGCUGAAAAACGAAAAUGAGUGAGAGGGUGGGCUGGUGGCUGAUCAUGUGCGUCUGUAUAUAUGUAUAUAUGUCUUUGUUCAAUUUGAUUUGUUUGUGAAACAGUUGAACUGUUGUUCUGUGUGAAUAAAGAACACAUUUCAUUCA